AUGCUCCUCCGUUUAGUGACUCUCUCUCUAACCGCCGAUUAUACCCUAGCCUUCGGUGGUAUAUUUCAUAGGACUACAGCGGCUCCUACGCCUAAGGUGGUGACUACCCCUGCCACAACUACAGCGGCUCCUACGCCUGAGGUGGUGACUACCCCUGCCACAACUACAGCGGCUCCUACACCUAAGGUGGCGACUACCCCUGCCGGAACCACAGCGGCUCCAACUCCUAAGGCGGUGACUACCCCUGCCGGAACUACAGCGGCUCCUACGCCUAAGGCGGUGACUACCCCUGACGAGUACUGUGAGGAUUAUUGCUCUGAGACUUCGGGAUGUGGACAGUCCUAUUGCAAGGAGGAUGGUCACUGCUUUGGACUAUAUCACAAUGGUGACUCGAAGUGUUAUCAGUCCGAUGAUGAGGAAGAUGCUUGCGACGACUCGUUCGAGCCCGUGAGAUGCCUCGAAUCCCCGCCAUCGACCUGUGAUGAUGCUUGUUCCUCUGUUGAUGGCUGUAGGACCUCUGAACUUGGAACCUACUGCAAGUUUUGGUUGGAUGAUCCAGUGUGUUAUGGCAUCCUCAAGAAGAAUGACGGCAGUUUGUGCUUUGUGGUGACUGAUGAGGCAUGCGAGGGUAAUUCUUACCCCUGUGAUUCCCAGACUGCGGCUCCAGUCGAGACCACCGAGGCUCCGGUCGAGACCACCGCGGUGUAA